CAAUCGGCCGGAGAGGGGCGCGGCGGGGGCGCUGUCAUGGCGGAUGGGGAGCGAUCUCCGUUGCUGCCGCCCGAGGCGGGGCCGGUGCCGGGCGGGGCCGCGACCGCAGGUGGAGGAGGGGCGGGUCCCGGCGAGGGCCCGCCCCCUUACUCGCCAUUGGGCAGUCCCGAGGCUGUGGGGGCGGGGCCCCCGGCGGUCACGUGCCGCGUUUGCCAACGGCCAAUCAGCGUCGAGGGCAAGACGCACCAGCACGUGGUGAAGUGCGGGGGGUGCGGUGAAGCCACGCCAAUCCGUACAGCCCCUGGCGGGAAGAAAUACGUGCGGUGUCCCUGCAACUGCCUGCUGGUGUGCAGGGCCUCGGCCCAGCGCAUCGCCUGCCCGCGGCCAUACUGUAAAAGGAUCAUCAACCUGGGCCCAGUGCAGACAGGGGCCCCCAGCCCUGACCCACCCCCCGGCGGCGUGCGAGUGGCCUGUGCCCACUGUGGGGGUCCCUUCCUGUGGGCGGAGCUGCCUGACCGAUCCCUGGCCCGCUGCCCCCACUGCCGCAAGGUCUCUGCGAUCGGCCGGCGGUUCCCGCGGCGACGCUGCCUCUGCUGCCUGCUGGGGGCGCUGCUGAUGGGCGGGGCUGCGGCUGGACUGGCGGCUGGGACGUGGUGGCUGUGGCGCCGGGCGCGCUGGGUGCCCGCGGCGUGGGCGGUGCUGGGGGCAGGGGCAGGGGCGUGUCUGCUGCGGGCAGCCUAUUGGGGCUGCGUGCGGGUCAGCCAGCCCCUCCCACCGCGUGCCUGACCACGCCCGCUCACCUGGGACAUACCUUCCGGGACACGCCCCUUCAUCAUGGGACACGCCCAUGGGCGUGGCAGCGUCGUGGAGCCGCGGUGAUGUCAUGCGGCCGCGCAAUGUCCACAAAUGGACAGUUGAGCCACUUCCGGCCCUGCCCCUCCCCCAGCAUGGCCACGCCCCCUCCCGCAUGCCUUUGGCCCUGCCCACUUGUACAUAAGCCCCACCCUCCUGUACAGUGCUAUUUAUUAAAUGGCCGC